AUGGUUAUUCACCCAGAUUCGGACGAUCAGAAGUAUGCCUACACCGAUUGUAUGGAAGACAACUCUACUCCUUCUAUCCGGCUUCGUCCGAUACAGCUCCGAGGCGUCCGAUAUAAAGCCGGGAUUUGUUCUAAUGACCAAUUCCACUGUUGGUCAAUUAGACCAUUUUUGUGCUGUUCUCCUCGGCUCCUUCGGGGCGUUGCAGCCCAUCGAUUGGCUUGUGAGUCAGCAUCCCGAAAUCCGUUUUUUUCCCUGUUUGAAUGUUUUUUGUUAUCCUCAGUGGUUUAUUUGAAAGUCUGUCUAGAUGUAACCGUCUUCCAUAUGUUUGCCAUGGUAAUACGGGAUUACUGCAAACUGAAAUGA